CUCUCGAGAGAAACACAAACGAUGACGGCUAUCUCCGACCUUUCGUGGGAUUUGGUAGAGAAGAUACUCUCUAGGGUUCCCAUAAUUUCUAUAGGAGCCGUGAGAUCCACUUGCAAACGAUGGAACCGUUUAUCCAAAGUUAGGGUUUUGUGUAAAGCAGAAGCAAAGAGGCAUCAGUUUCUACGCUUCAUGUUGAAAAACUAUAAGCUUUGUUCAAUGAGAUUCCAUCUCCAUGGAAUCCUCGAUGGAGAAGAAUUCGUGGAUCCAUCUAUAAGGGAGAUCACCGGUGAUUCACUUAAUCAUGUCAAGGUAACCAAAGUAUUUCAUUGCGAUGGCUUAUUGUUAUGCGUUACCAAGGACAAAGAGGAGAACAAAACUACACUCCUGGUCUGGAACCCAUAUUUAGGACAAACCAGGUGGAUCCAACCCAGAAAUUACUACAACAGGUUAGACGUUUACGCUUUCGGAUACGACAGCAAUAACCGUGAACACAAAAUCUUGAGGUUCUUCUUGGAUGCCUUCGAUGUUUCUCUGUUCGAAAUCUACGAUAUUUGUUCUGAUUCAUGGAGAGUUCUCGAUAUCACUCCCAACUGGAACCUAAUGUUUUACUAUCGUGGAGUGUCUUUGAAGGGAAACACUUAUUUUUUUGCUAAAGAAAAAAUAGUAUUAGAAGCUGGAGGACCAGAAGAAAUAGCCGAGCCCCAUGCUAUCUUACUCUCUUUUGAUUUUACAAAAGAGAGAUUUGGACCGCCUCUGCCUUUUCCGUUUAAGCACUAUACUGAAGAUACCGGGACACUCUCUUCUCUUAGAGAUGAGAAACUGGCAGCCUUAUAUCAGUCCUCAAGUAUGUGCGACGUGGAGGUUUGGGUGACAACUAAGAUUGAGCCCAAUGCAGUGUCCUGGGUUCCCUUCUUAAAAAUUGACUUGAAACCAUUAACAGGUUUUGAAUUCCAGUUUCACCAUGAUGGUUCCAGUUUCUUCAUUGACGAGGAGAAGAAAGUCGCUGUAAUUUUUCAAAUAGACGAAUCUGAAAUGACCUGCUAUGACACAGCUUACCUCAUUGGGGAGAAUGGACACUUUGAAAAAGUAGGUCUCGGAGAGUCUGAGUAUCACCAAGACUCCAUCCCCAUGGAAGACUAUUCCCCACUCGUGUGCUCUUGCUCAUAUGUUCCAAGUUUAGUACAUAUCAACAACGCAUUUGUCAAGCAAACGAAUGAGAUCAUCACUAGCUGUAAUGAUAGUGUUUAAUUUGUUUCUUUUUCAUCUCUUU